AUGCAAGCACCUUCAGCAGGGCGCAUAAACAUGGAAUAUAGGAGUCUUCCACCGGGUUGGGUAGCCCAUUAUGAUCAGCAGUACUAUGUUAAUCUCAACGCAACUCCUCCAGUUGCGUCAUUCGUCCACCCCUAUGAUCAAUAUGGUCGCACAUCGAAUAAUCAAAUCUCUAGGCCACCAACAGAUGCUGUUCCAAACGCCCCAAUGUCAGGACACCAGGUACAAGACCACACGCGGUCUGUGCAAAUAAUUCCGCCUUUUGUCGCUGUUACAGAGGCACAAGGCGCUCAAGGCCCAACAUUUGCUCAAAAGCUUUAUGCGAGCUCUUUGCCGACAUCACUAAGCUAUCCCACGAACGCAACCUCGAGACCCUCAAGCUCUCUUGGCCGUUCACCCGAAGCUAACCUAUAUGCUACGCCACCUUCAUCACCUAUCGCAGGUUUUUUAGUUCCUUCACCAACGUCAUCCUCUGUCGUACCAGCACAUUCCUCAUCUGAACCGUUACGAGCUUCUCCCAGUGUGCUCCAUGGGUCUUCAAGAAAGCCUCGGGGCGCGCGUAGCCCUAACUUUCCAAGGACAUCUUUUUCCGUUGUUGACCGCACUUCAGUAAGCGAAAGUGCGGACGAAUUUGGGGUGCGCACAAUUUCACAAAACCGCCAGACUCUCGAUUCAACUCGUCAAUUAAAUAACAGACCAUAUUCCACUGAAUUAGAUACACACCAACAUCGCUCAGUAACCGUACCAACAUUCGUGUACAGCACGACAUCCACGGCUCAGAAUCCAACCCGAAAUGCACAAUCCAAAAAAGUGACAGAUCAUAAAAUAACUAUAUGCUCUCCCAAUCCUCUUCAAGUCUCUACAAAAAUAACCACACCUGCAUUCCAAGUAUUUACCGGUACUCAGUCAAUUCAAUCCUCAUCUUCCGAAAUAUCCCAUGUUCCAUCAGUCGCUCCUUCCACAAAACCAGUCCUUGCGCCCAUCAUCAUACCCAAUUCAUCAUCUUUAGCUUCUCGGCCUCAUAAUGAUGGUACAAUCAUACCAACGGGCGCUGAUCUUCCCUUCCGAAAUCAACAAGUGGCUUACUUACCCUCAACACAGAACUCCAUGUUUUGGACGUCCAAUCACUCACAGUCUGUGGCACGGAGUAGCACUCCACCUGGACAACCUGGGAGUCGCAUCGUACAGAACGGUAAAAAUCCCAAUGCCAAUCACAAACUUUUAAAAAAAGUGGGCAUGGCUGUCGGUAAAUCCGUUGGAAAGGCGACUCUUCGACUUGGCACGAAGGUGGCCCUCGAAAACAUGGAUAGCUCUGCGAAUAUCGACAAUAGCCUGAUGGAUGCAAUAAAUACUGACAUACCAGAGGUGGCAUUCACUGCAGCUUCGCAUGCCAUAGCUUCAGCAGAUAAUCUUGCUAUUGACUCUUCAUUCGACACCGGUGUUUGUCCCCCAUCAUCUUCGACACAAUUUUCACCCGAAUACACUGCCAUUUUGCAACAGAUGGAAUCGAUGGGAUUGAAUCAACCAGUUGCACCUCGACAAAGUUCACUUGAUUCCUCGGAAGUAACGAAUAUUCUUGCCACUAUGCACGCAAUGCAGGUUAGGCAUAAUUGA